CCCGGAUCCCAGACUUCUCCGUUCCUCCGGAUUUCGAUCCCCCUUUUUCUAUCUGUCAAUCAGCGCCGCCUUUGAACUGAAAAGCUCUCAGUCCAACUUCAACUCACUCAAAUCCGAGCGGCACAGGCUCCCAAUAUCCGCGGCGGCUGCCCCCCCGUUACAGCUGACUUCUUUGGUUUGUUUGUUGCAUUAUUUUUUUUUCCUACGGCUCCCUCCCCCCAUAUAUUUUUUUUUAUUAUUAUUAAUUUUUGGCGAGUGCGUGCGCGAGUGUGAGUGCGUGUGCGCGCACUGCACGCUGAUCAGAUCCCUGGAAGAAAGAAAGAGAAAAUCCAGAAGAAGGAAAGGAAGAAGCCUAAAGUCACUGGUGCAAAGGAGCAAAGAAGAGAUAUUUCCCUCCCCUCCUCCUCCCUCUUUUCCCCUCCCCAGGAGGAAAGAGAAGGGGAAAAAAAGAAACUUUCACCUUGGACUCUUCUUUUUUUGGUGCAAACUUUCCCCCCUCCCCUGUUCUUUUUCCUUUUUCCCCCCAUUCCCCUCUAUUUUUUUUCUUCUUUUUUUUUCCCCUUCCCCUUUUUGCAAAAUUGCUGCUGGUGGGGUGAGCCAGGAGGAAAAUGCCGCAGCUGAACGGCGGUGGAGGGGACGAUCUGGGCGCCAACGAUGAACUGAUCUCUUUCAAAGACGAAGGGGAGCAGGAGGAGAAGAUCUCCGAGAACUCCUCGGCGGAGAGGGAUUUAGCUGAUGUCAAGUCGUCUCUCGUCAAUGAAUCAGAAACGAAUCAAAACAGCUCCUCCGACUCGGAGGCGGAGAGGCGGCCUCCGCCUAGGUCCGAAACUUUCCGAGAUAAAUCCCGAGAAAGUUUAGAAGAAGCUGCGAAAAGGCAAGAUGGAGGGUUGUUUAAGGGCCCACCAUACCCGGGUUAUCCCUUUAUAAUGAUCCCCGAUCUCAGCAGCCCGUAUCUUCCCAAUGGAUCGCUCUCUCCAACGGCAAGAACAUAUCUGCAGAUGAAAUGGCCACUGCUUGAUGUUCAGGCAGGGAGCCUUCAGAGUAGACAAGCCCUCAAGGAUGCUAGGUCUCCAUCUCCAGCACACAUUGUUUCUAACAAAGUGCCAGUUGUGCAGCACCCACACCAUGUACACCCUCUUACACCGCUUAUCACAUACAGCAAUGAGCACUUCACACCAGGAAACCCUCCUCCACACUUACCAGCCGACGUAGAUCCAAAAACAGGAAUUCCCAGGCCUCCACAUCCUCCAGAUAUAUCUCCUUAUUAUCCGUUAUCACCGGGCACUGUAGGACAAAUCCCCCAUCCGCUAGGAUGGUUAGUACCACAGCAAGGUCAGCCGGUGUACCCGAUCACGACGGGGGGUUUCCGCCACCCUUACCCAACAGCCCUGACUGUCAAUGCUUCCAUGUCAAGCUUUCUCUCCUCUAGGUUUCCUCCACACAUGGUCCCGCCACAUCAUAGUUUACAUACAACUGGAAUCCCUCAUCCGGCCAUAGUCACACCAACAGUCAAACAGGAAUCUUCCCAGAGCGAUGUCGGCUCACUCCACAGCUCAAAACAUCAGGACUCCAAAAAAGAAGAAGAGAAAAAGAAACCACACAUAAAGAAACCUCUUAAUGCAUUUAUGUUGUAUAUGAAGGAAAUGAGAGCAAAAGUUGUAGCAGAAUGCACAUUGAAAGAGAGCGCAGCCAUCAACCAAAUCCUUGGUCGAAGGUGGCAUGCAUUAUCCAGAGAAGAACAAGCGAAAUACUAUGAACUAGCAAGAAAGGAACGACAGCUUCAUAUGCAGCUGUACCCGGGCUGGUCUGCACGGGAUAACUAUGGAAAGAAGAAGAAGAGGAAAAGGGAUAAGCAGCCAGGAGAGACCAAUGAACACAGCGAAUGUUUCCUAAAUCCUUGCCUUUCACUUCCUCCGAUUACAGACCUGAGCGCUCCUAAGAAAUGCCGAGCGCGCUUUGGCCUUGAUCAACAGAAUAACUGGUGCGGCCCCUGCAGGAGAAAAAAAAAGUGCGUUCGCUACAUACAAGGUGAAGGCAGCUGCGUCAGCCCACCCUCUUCAGAUGGAAGCUUACUAGACUCUCCUCCUUCCUCUCCCAACAUGCUGUCCUCCCCCCCAAGAGACUCGAAACCACAGACUGAACAAACGCAACCUCUCUCGCUCACGUUGAAACCCGACCCGCUGGCACACCUCGUCAUGAUGCCGCCGCCGUCCGCGCUCGGCCUGACCGAGAGCUCAGCGAGCAAGCCCAGCGCCCUGCCCGCGGCGGCGUGUCCCAACGGGGCUCUGGAGCACCAGCCGGCCACCCUCGCGCCCGCCGCCGCCGCCGCCGCGUCCUCCUCCUUAGCACAACCUUCGACAUCCUCCUUGCAUUCCCACAGCUCGCUGCCGGGGACACAGCCCCAGCCGCUGUCACUUGUAACCAAGUCUUUAGAAUAGCUUUAGCCUCUUUAGCCCGUUCUGUUUUGUUUCGAGGUUUUAAAUUCUGUUGGGAUUUUGGGUUUUAUUUCCUUUCCUUUUUUUUUCUUUUUCUUUUUUCCUGUUGCUGUCGUUCGUUGUCGCCGUUUUUCGGUUUUGUUUUUAAUUUGUGCCACGUGGCUACAUUAGUUGAUGUUUUAUCGAGUUCAUUGGUCAAUAUUUGACCCAUUCUUAUUUCAAUUUCUCCUUUUUAAAUAUGUAGAUGAGAAAAGCCUCAUGAUUCUGCCAAAAUUUUUAUCAACAGCUGUUUAAAGUCUUUGUAGCGUUUAAAAAAUAUAUAUAUAUACAUAAUUGUUAUGUAGUUCCAAUAGCUUAGUUUUAAAGACUGAUUUUAAAAAUUAAAAAAAAAAAAAAAAGAAGCAAUUUUGAAGCAGCCCUUGCCGGAGGCAUUGGUUCUUUAUUAUUUGUAUUAAAUACGAGCUUGCGAACCAAUCAUUUUACAUCUGGUUUUUAAACCUUUAAGGGCACAACGAAUGCAGUGCCGCUACUACUUCUUUUUUUUUCUUCCUUGUGUGAAACAACCUUUAUUGUGAUGUUACUUGUUAUUGUUUAAAUGUACAGAAACAAAGGGUUAAAAAAAAUGUGUUAAUAUACCUUGUUCCAUGGUGUUGUUCUUUUUGGGGGAGGGAACGCUACUCAACAAUUAAAAGUAUCACAACGCUAUUGGACCAGUAGUAUUUAUUGCUUUAGAAAUUGCUUGUUGUAUCUGUAUGUUGUCCCUUUUUAAAUGUUUUUUUCCUCUUUUUUUUUUCUUGAAACAUUGUAUAAAAUUUUUUUCCUUAGUGUAAGCAUCUUAUAUAUAACAACUCAUUUGUACAAGGUUUUUAAGUUUAUAUAUAAAUGUGUAUAUAUAUAUUUUUCCGGGAUUUUUGUUUUUGAUUUACUUUUGUGAUUUUUUUUUUCUGUAUGAAACACAGUUGCCACCAAAUGGACAUUCGCAGAUGCAUUUUUCAAGGAUCAAUAGUGUAAAAAAUAAAUUGCUUUAAAAGCCAUUACACACAAAAAGACUUGAAAAUUUAGCAAGGGAAUUUUUAGCAACGCUGUUUGAAAAAUAGCAAGGUCCAAGUGUCUCCCAUUCAGAACUGCAGCUGAAUCCCCUGCGACAUUAGGACUGUAGGCUGUGUGCAAAAUUUUUAUGUGCCAAAAUCUCAGUGACUUUUAACUUUCUCCCAACAACUUUAUUAUUUUUUUAAUGCUGUAAUUUUUUUGUUCAUCAUGUUUUGCUGUGAUGUUACAUAGAUAGAUAUGUAUGUAGUUUUAAUGUCACCUAUAACAGACGUGUUUGGUAGCAGAUUGUCCGGAAAGCAUUUAAAAUGAAGAGGUAUAAACCCUUAAGGGCCAAAUUCUGUAUAUUAGAUUAUUCAUAAAAGGAAAAUCAGACUGCCACUUUUAUGUACACUUACUACAUACAGGUAGGUAGCAAAGUUAAAACAAAAAAAAAAAACUAGGCAUGUUGAUGUUGCAAAAAACGCUGUAUAAAGCUGAAAAAUUGUUCAUCUGUUCAUUCAGUGCCAUUGUAGUUGACAUGAAGCGAUUGUAAAACUGUCUCAGAUUUUUCUCUGGUUUAUUAAGAUGCUAACUAUAACAUUUUUUGUGAAUACUUUGAAUGUUUCCUAACAGUUGUGAUGUUACUGUUCCGUUUUAUGCUCUUAUUCCAAUUUUCAUUUUUAAUGGUUUGGAAGCCAUUUUUUGUAAUGAAUAAAUGUUCAUGCUGUACAGUAUCUGUAGCAUGCAGUUCUGGAUUAAUAAAAGCAACUUAGUAUGUGCAGAGAA